AUGCAAUCGCUUGAGGAGAUUUCAACGGCUUUGGAUGUUUCGACGAAAGAUGCCCGUCAGGAGUGUCAGUCGUUAUGUUAUGAAAAUGAAGGUCAAAUUGAUCACGAGUCAUCCGAUAUGGGCGAGCUACAUGCUACUAGCACUUCUGGAUCAUCCGCUGAGAUAGACUCUGUCGAUAAGAAUCAUUACAAGGAGAAAGACAACCUGGACGUCGAGGACAUCCUUACACCAUAUCCUCAGCUGUCGAACAAAGCGCCAAUAUCCCCUGAGGCUACGACUCAUUCGAAAAUCGCAGACAAUCGAGAUGAAGAGCCAAGCGUCGCGAAAUCGUAUGAGCGAUCGACCUCUCCACAUUCAGCAAUGCAUCGCAAUAAAGGAGCGAUUGUGGAGAAGGUUGGCGAGAGCGGAGUGAUGAGAAUGCACAAAUUCUCUCUUUGCGAGACAGCCACCAAGUAUUACAUUGUAGGAGCUGAUCUGCUCGAGCGGCACUUCCGUAUCUUGCAAAUAGAUCGAACUUCCGAGCCUGGAAAAUUGGAGGUAACAGAAGAUGAGAUUGUCUACUCGAAGAAAGAGACCGACCAAAUCCUCAACGCGGUAGAUGAAGCCCACAAGGCCUCGGGUGGUCUUAAGCUGAAGAGUAGCACCUGGGGCUUACUGGGCUUCCUUCGCUUCACCGGUGCGUACUAUAUGCUCUUUGUCACCAAAAGAAGUCAAGUCGCCAUGAUUGGAGGUCACUACAUAUAUCAAGUUGAUGGAACGGAGCUCAUUCCGAUCACAACGACUUCAUCCACCCGCUUCAAGUCGGACAAGAACCCGGAGGAGAGCCGAUUUGUGGGUAUAUUGAACAAUCUUGACCUGACUCGAUCUUUCUACUUCAGCUACUCAUACGACAUCACCCGAACGCUGCAGCACAACAUCCUGCGGGAACGCAAGGCACUAGAUGAGGGUCUCACAGCGGCCUUGCAUGCCGACCACAAUGAUAUGUUUGUGUGGAAUCACCACCUGCUGAAGCCCGCCAAAGCCAUACUGAAGAAUACAUACGACUGGUGUAUCCCGAUCGUCCACGGUUAUGUUGAUCAAGCUGCGUUGUCCGUAUACUGGGGCCGUGUCGUCUACAUCACCAUCAUUGCUAGGCGAUCACGCUUCUUCGCAGGGGCUAGAUAUCUCAAGCGUGGUGCCAACGAUCUGGGGUACGUUGCAAAUGAUGUGGAAACGGAGCAAAUCGUGGCCGAAAUGCUAACAACCUCAUUCCAUGCGCCGGGCCCAGCGUUAUACGCAAACCCAAAUUACACUUCAUACGUCCAACAUCGGGGAAGCAUACCGCUGUAUUGGACACAGGACAGCACUGGCGUUUCUCCUAAGCCAGAUAUCGAGCUGAAUCUGGUUGAUCCAUUCUACAGUGCUGCGGCACUCCAUUUUGACAACCUAUUUGGGCGAUAUGGAGCUCCGAUCUAUGUCUUGAACCUCGUUAAGGCACGAGAGCGUACACCCAGGGAGUCGAAAUUGCUUGAAGAAUUCACGAAUGCCAUCACAUACCUCAACCAGUCUUUACCAGAGAAUAGGAAAAUCAUCUACCAUGCAUGGGACAUGAGCCGAGCAUCAAAAAGUCGGGACCAAGAUGUCAUCGGCACGUUAGAGUCUAUCGGCGAAGAUAUCAUUCCGAGAACAGGUUUCUUCCAGAACGGGAACGAUGCAGAAUCGGGCCUCAAACUGCAAAAUGGUGUUGCUAGGACAAAUUGCAUUGACUGCUUAGAUCGAACUAAUGCUGCUCAGUUUGUCAUUGCGAAGCGGGCUCUCGGGUACCAGUUGCAAGCACUGGGAGUCAUCGAUGAUCCAACUGUCGAGUAUGACUCCGAUGCCGUCAAUCUGUUCACUCAUAUGUGGCAUGACCAUGGUGACACCAUCGCCAUACAGUACGGCGGCUCACAUCUCGUCAACACGAUGGCAACAUACCGGAAGAUCAACCAAUGGACUAGUCAUUCCAGAGACAUGGUCGAAAGCUUCAAGCGGUAUUAUAACAAUUCAUUCAUGGAUGCUCAAAGGCAGGAAGCGUACAAUCUAUUCCUGGGCAACUAUAUUUUUGCACAAGGUGCCCCUAUGCUAUGGGAUUUGGCCUCCGACUACUACCUUCAUCACUCCGACCCACGAAGCUGGUCUGAAAGAAAUCGACCUAAUUACAGAGACUGGUUCACACCAGAACAUCUGGGUGGCCCAAAAGUCCCACCGGCAAUUUGGCAGCAGGCGCUGGUGAAGAAACCGUUAUCAUACUUCGACGACUAUUGGCUGGAGUACUAUCGACCACUCGCCGUGUCAUCGUUCCAGAAGAUCUUUGCCUACAAGAUGCAUUCCAACCUGCUGGCUAUCCCGAUCAAGUCCACACAGGAAGGCAAAUACGACCUCAGCCCCUUUAAAGUCCGCAAUGCCAAUGAAAGAGAUAGGAAAACUUCAAACAAAAGCCAACCGCGACGAAAAGGGGUUAGGAUCGUCGAACCUCCCGACGACAAGAAUGCAGAUGAUACAAGCUCGAUCGACGCACGCCUCAACGGCGGCCCGCCGGUAGAAGUACCCAAACCCCAACCCAGCUCCCUUGGACCUUGGCUAGAUUCACAACAACUUCUCUCCUCACGCAGAUACACCGGAGUCAUCGAAGAACCUUCAUUCGAAGUCCCGUCUUCCCAACCACAGAUCCCCCCAAUACCAUCAGCCACCUCAGCUCCACCUCCACCCACCAAGGCUGAACAAGCACUCGAAGCAUUCACGCGUCUUGUGGCCCAAUCCCUCGAUCCUUCCGUCCCCGACGCAGAAGAAUACCAGCGCUACGUCACGCAUCCGCUCAACCUGCCACUCGUGGUCAGUACCGAGGUGGAUGCCGAAAAGACCCCAUCGGCAUCGGAUUUCAUCGAAUACCUUGACCAAGUGAAGGAGGUGGAUGGCGUGGAGAUGAGCGAGAGGACCGAGCAAAUCAGGGAGGAGUUUGCCGAGUUCCUGCAGGUCGGGGAUGAGGGCUUGACGGUGCUGGAAGAGGAUGCACCGAAGAAGCGGUAUAAGGCUUAUCGACAGUGGUUGAGGGGCAAGAGUUUGUUCAAGCAGCGCCCGCUGAGUGGACUGGUCGAGGUCUGA